AUGUUGGCCUGUCUCGACAGCAGCAACAACGAAAACGUCGACCUAGUCCCCUGCGAUCCCACCGGCCAGUUCAAAUCAUGCUGCUCAAGGGGAGACUCCUGUGCAAGCAACGGCCUCUGCGUGACGAGGGACAAGGACGCUGCUACUCGUUACUUCAUCAACGGAUGCCUGGUCGAGGAUUGGGAUGAUCCAUCUUGUCCAAAACAAUGCUUCAACGUCAGCGGGAAUGGCGUCAAAUCCUGUGGAAAGGGCCAGUUUUGCUGCUUCGGCUCCAAAGGCUGCGACUGCAAAGAAGAUGAACUCUUUAACAUGGAGCCCGUCCGCAUCAUUGCGAGAAUCCCUCUCGAAACAGCACCAUCAAUUGCCAUCGCCGUCACGACCAUCAGUUACGAAGUCUUCUCCCCCGCCGAUACAACAUCACUCACUCCAUGCACCUCCACUACCGACGCCCCUGUUCCCGAAACCCCUGAAGAUAGCAAUAAUCUAGAUUUACCAAUUGGAUUGGGUGUAGGGAUCGGUACUGCAAUCGCCCUUUUUACCUUGGGGACUGGUCUUUUCUUCUUCAUAUUGAAACGAGCAACCAAGUUGGAAGCAAUGUCAUCCAAGAACUCUUCACAGCAAUCAUUCAUGUUAUACGAGGAUGAUGAAAAGCACCUACUACCAAGCGUACCUGUGGAGCUCCACUGCAAACCAGUCAGGGCCGAGUUGCCUUGA